CAGGUGAAUUGGAUCAUCCCCACUCCUAGCUUCUCCACCAACCCUCGUGUCCUUUUAUUUCGGUUGGUUUCCGCCCACUCAAGCCAUCCGUCAUUUGAAGAUCAGCAUCGAAGUUCCUGGGAUUGUCCAAGCGUGACUGGUUGCCCAACUUUCCACACUUAGCGGUUUCGCCGUGACGGCUUUUGGGAGAACUUGGUUGCUUUAUCCUAGUCUCUACCUCCAUUCUCCUUGUAACUGCCAUAUAUCCUGAUUAUUUGACUCUUUGCGUCUUUUUUGCAGUCAUUCUUUGUUCUUCUAACCUGACCUCUAGUCUCUCUCUCGAAUGUAUUCUCUUUCAGGGUUGCGCAACGCUGUUGGCGCUAUAGCAUGGUUCCUAUUAGGGAUGUCUCGAUUAGCCAAUGCUUAUUGCGAAUGCGGAUAUUCAGUCAAUAAGACGAGCGACUCGAGUUUCGCAUUGUUCACCGAUUUGUUGGAAAACGAUUUCUUGCACACCAGAACCACGAAUUUCACGGCCGUGGGCUGGCGACCGCAAGAGUACAAUGUUUCGGCAAAGGAUGCGCGAGGACCUUUCGGCAAACAAUUCGUACCAGAAAAUAUCGAAGCCAACCCUUUAAAAGACCCGUAUUCGUGGGCAGGCAAUUCGGACCGUGGUGGAGACGCUGGUUUACAGUUGUGGGUUCGGGGAGACCAUUCGCAUGGAUUUGUUAGCGGAGCCGAGAUGGCAUCGGUUCGCGACGACGCGUUAUAUGGGAGUUUUCGAGUGGCUAUGAGGUUGUCGGGUUCGGCAGGGACUUGUGGAGCCUUCUUCUGGUUCUACAACAACUCCCAGGAGAUCGACAUGGAAUUCUUGUCCAAGCAAUUUAACUCUUCACAAGGAGUGGUAAACCUCGUACUUCAAACACCUCAGUCUGUCAAAGAGGGCUUUGACGCCUCAAAUACCUCCGAUUUCAAGGUCCAACCUUUGCCGUUCCGACCCGAUCAGGAAUUUCACGAGUAUCGCUUCGAUUGGUCACCCCAAAAAGUCUCAUUCUAUGUCGAUGGAGGGUGGCUACAGGAUUUCACUGAGAACAUUCCGAGCGAGUCCGGACGGAUGUUCAUGAACCACUGGAGCAAUGGCGAUCCAUUGUGGUCAGCCGGUCCUCCUGGACAGGAUACUGCCUUGAUAGUCUCGUAUAUCAAGGCGUAUUUCAAUUCUUCGGACACCGCACGGCAGAAAGAUUACAAGACACGAUGCCCCACCGUUGAUGCUACCAAAGUCUGCCAAAUCCCAGAUCAGAUCGUCGCUCCUAACCCGUCAGGGGCCAACGGUAACAAAACCGCGCACACAUAUUUCUUCUCGCUAGACGGAGGCUAUGCACCAAAUCAGACAGUAUAUAAUACCACUAAUGCCACCCGCAACAGUGCAUUGAGAGGCUUCGCCUCAUCUAGCUCAACUUUCGCUUAUGUUCCUCUAUUUAUCGCACUGUUCAGCUGGGCGAUCUCGACAUGAGCUUCUAGAAGUUCUCACACACUAAUCAGCACUUUACCACUUCAUGUACCUUUCCUUUUGACCUUUCUGACUGACGCGCAACAUCGAGCGUAAAUGUCCUUUUCUGUGUCAGUUAACGAGCAGAUUAAUGAGACCACGGCGUUAGUGGCACAUGGCACAGCAACUGCAUUCCGUUACUUCUUUUUCGUUCAGGAUGUUCUGCGUCCAUAUGACUUUGUUUUGGAUACCUCCCUGGCUUGGAUUAGCUUAGUGUUUAUCUUUUCAUUGGAUUGUUCCGCUUCCUGUAUACUUUUUUGUAACGGAGAAUUGAUUCCUCCUAUUCUUCUACCUACAUACCUUCCUCUUCGGUCAACUGUUUUGGCUUGGUUAUCGCAUGGCAGACUAGCGUUGGUGGGAAGGACAUGUCUGAGAUAUCGCUACGAGCCAAAAUUGAAGGGCCGUUUGCAUGGGAUCCGGACAAUAAAAGUAAUAUAGUUUGCAUCGAGGC